GAUAUAUAUAUAUAUAGAGAGAGAGAGAGAGAGAGAGAGUGUGUGGGAGAGAGAGAGAGAGAGAGAGAUUUUGUGUAAUUUUUGAGCAGUUGCAGAGGAAGAAUUAUGAGGGCAAGAAUUACUUGGUUUGUUACAGUUUUCAUCAUUGUGUUAUGUUGUUCCUCCUGUUAUGGGAGAAACUGCCGUUGCAGAACUUCCAGACACUCUUCUAAAACCGGCCAUGCAAAGAGGCUAGCUGGGCCAAGACCUAUACAUGAUUACACUAAAGAACAGGUGCUCAACGUCGAGGAUUUUGGAGCCAAAGCCGACGGAAAAUCAGAUAAUUUUCAGGCAUUCAAGAAAGCUUGGGACAAGGCUUGUGAUUCUUUAGGAUCAACCAAAAUUCUGGUGCCCAAAGACAAAACGUACUAUGUUAAGCAUAUUAAUUUCACAGGUCCUUGCCGCUCUAGUAUUUCUAUGGAGAUCCAAGGGACAGUCAGGUCUUUUCCUACGAUGUAUGAUAUCCCUAGGAGACUCUGGAUAAUGUUUGAAGAUGUAAGAAACAUGGAUGUUUUCGGUGGCGGAACCAUAGACGGUAAUGGGGAUGUAUGGUGGAAAAAUUCUUGCAAAAUCAAGAAAACUCAGCCCUGCCAAAGCCAAAGUGCCCCAACGGCUCUAACGUUCAAAAAUUGCACGAAUUUGAGAGUGAGCAAUUUGAAGCUAGUGAAUGCACAGCAAAUGCAAGUGAAUUUCCAGGACUGCAACGACGUCGAGGCUUCAAAACUUUCAGUGGUAGCACCAGCAGAAAGCCCCAAUACAGAUGGAAUUCACAUCACAAGAACAACCAAUAUCAAUGUUCUUGACUCUGAAAUUAGAACAGGUGAUGACUGUGUUUCCAUAGUAAAUGGAUCAAGAAAUGUGGAAGUCAGAAAUAUAGUGUGCGGACCAGGCCAUGGCAUCAGCAUUGGAAGCUUAGGUGAAGAUAAUUCAGAACAUUAUGUCUCAGAUAUUUCUGUAAAGGGAGUAAAGAUGACAGGAACUAGCAAUGGAGUAAGAAUAAAGACUUGGCAGGGAGGGAGAGGAAUUGCAAGAAACAUAGAGUUCGACGAUAUUGAGAUGAGGAACGUGUCCAAUCCAAUAAUCAUAGACCAGUUUUACUGUGAUAAAAAUAAAAAUUGCAAGGAAGAGAAAUCAGCAGUGCAAGUGGAGAAUGUAAUAUACAGAAACAUAAGAGGCACAAGUGCUUCAAAGAUAGCCAUAAGUUUCAAGUGCAGUCAGUCAGUCCCAUGCAGAAAUCUCAUGCUCCAAAAUGUGAAGUUAACUGCCCAAGAAAAGGGAGAGAAGGUGGAAGCUUUCUGCAGCCAGCUUGCCUUGCAAACUCUCAACCAGAAUUCACUCCCAACUUGCCCUAUGCACUAGCACAUUAUAACUGAUUUCUUGGUCAUUAGUACUAGUUUUUAGCUUAGUUUUUUGUUUAUAAAGAGGAAGUAAGAGAAAUAGGUCUUAUAAGUUGAGUUACAGAGAGAUUAUUGAGGUUAAUCCAUUAUAUUCCAUGACCCAAGUUUCAAAUUUGUUCGAUCUUCGAUUAUGAAGUCUUCUUUGAAUCAAUAAUAAAUUGAUAUAUUUUCUUACCA